GAUGCUUCCCCGGAAAACCAUUUGUCAAGCUAAAAUGGAGCGCGACAUUACCGAAGAGUUCAUCAACGGCCUCUUAAGCCCCGAGGAGAAGUACGUUACCAACUUGGAGCUGCCUACAAUGAUGGAGAUGACUCUCAGCGGCAAGCUCAGGGCUGCCAAACUUGUGCGGGCGUUUUGUAAGAGAGCUGCCUAUGGGCAUCAACUGAAUCAUAACUUGCUUGAGAUCAACUUCGAGCCAGCAAUCGAAAGAGCGGAGUGGAUGGACGACUACUAUGAGAAGUGGAAACAUCCCAUUGGCCCCUUGCACGGCCUGCCGAUUACUAUGAAAGACCAGUACCACGUCAAGGGAAUGGGGACUACGAUGGGCUACGUCGGGUGGAUAGAUACGUUCGAAGGUGUAUCUCCUCCCAAACCUGAUAUCCAGAGUGUGAUUGUUCGCGAGUUGGAAGCUCUCGGCGCCAUUAUCAUAGCGAAGACCACACUGGCACAAACUCUCGGGGCAACUGAAACUCGCAACAAUAUAUUGGGCUACAAUCUUAACCCCCGAAACCAGAGACUCUCCUCUGGAGGGAGUUCGGGAGGAGAGGGUGCUGUCCAAGCAUUAAGAGGCAGUGCGAUCGGGAUCGGUAGCGAUGUAGGUGGCUCCGUGUCAAUUCCCGCGGCGUUCAACGGCGUAUACAGCAUUAAGCCUUCCUCCGGGCGGCUGUCCUUUAUGGGCGCAGCAAAUUCGUCACCGGGCCAAAUCAUCAUCCCCACUGUUCCGGGAGUUCUAGGGCACUCUGUAGCGUCCCUAGAAUACUUAGUGAAGUCUCUAGUCUCGUUGAAGCCGUGGCCCCAUUACCCCGACGUCAAGCUGUUCCCCUGGAGAGAUCAAGGCGAGAUGAAUUUUAAGCUGUCGUUUGGGAUCAUGAAAUUCGAUGGCGUGGUCAUGCCUCAUCCUCCGAUUCUGCGAGCUCUGGGGACAGUCGAAAAGGCACUUUGCACCGAUGGACAUGAGUUCAUUGAGUGGGAUCCACCUCCACACAGCGAUGCAUCAUAUAUUCACCGCAUCAUUACCACUGCCAACGGAGGUUACGACUUCUUCAAGCAGUUGGACCUCUCUAAAGAGCCUCUCAUAGAGGAGAUGGAGUCCGAAUUCCCGGAUUCUAGACCAAUUGCCCCGUUGGAUAUCAAAGAAGUUGAAGAGGCUGUGAUAAAAAUGAAAAAGUAUAAGGCUGAGUACCAGGAAUACUGGCUAUCGACUGCAAGGAAUACCAGUACAGGACGUCCAGUCGAUGCUCUGAUACUGCCAGUAUGGCCCUCAGCGGCUACGAUACCGGGGAGCCCCGGGUACGGCGGCUAUAUCGGCCCGGCCAAUGUUCUGGAUCAUUGCACCCUAGUAAUCCCGGUAACACGUGCGGACAAAUUCAUCGACAUCGUCGAUGAAGCUUACGAGCCUGCCAACGAGACAGACAAAAGUAUAUGGGAAUCGUACGACCCCGAUACGUAUCACGGGGCACCCGCUGCCAUCCAGGUUCAAUGUCAACGCCUAGAGGAAGAGAAGCUCCUCGGUAUCGGCAAGGUCAUAGUGAAAGCUUUGUCAGUAACUGGAGCCACAGGCCAGCUUGGGAAGCUAACUUUAGAGCCUUGAUCCGGCGUUUCUAUUCGCACCAGGAGGGAUGCUUAUUCUCACCUUACAUUUCCCACACUCCCCUUUCACGCUGACCACAGGC